UCGGACGUCUUACACGCGUUCGCAUACGAUAUCUGCCGGGCGUGUUCCCCCCCGAUCACGCGGGCGACGUACACAAUAAUUAACGACAAUAUUAUAUUAUAUAUUAUUAUUGUUGCUCCGUUUUUUUUCUACAGACGGAACGCGAAUUUUGUUUCAUCGAACGUAAUUUUUUAAAAUUUUUUUUUUUUAAAUUUAUACAUUUCAUUCGUUUACCGGCGAAAGUUCUAAAUAAUUUAGUAGUAAUACCGCCGAGACUAAUACUGUCACUACAACUACUAUUUCUACUACUACCAUUAUUACUACUACUAUAUAAAUACCACUACUUCUACUGUCACACUACUAUUUUGCUGCUGCUGCUACGACCAUUAUACUACUACUACAACUGUAAUACGUUUGCACCACUAUAAUAUCAUAACGACCGAGGUAAAAGCGUACCGAGGUAAUUUAUCGAACACGACGAGCGCGUGUGAUAUACAAUAAUAUAUAAAGUCGUACGGGACUUUGUCAUAAUAUCAUCGUAGUAUUAAACGACCGCGACACCGGUGACGGGGAAAAAAAAAUCGUCGCCGGUGGCGACGACGGCGGCGGCGGCGGCGGCAGUGGCGUCCGUGGCGAUGUCGCGAUCACUGUCCGCGGCAGACGACCCGUUUACCACCCGGCACAUUAGCUGGACGAUUAGCUGGUACUCCGUAUAGUGUCGUACACGACAGGACAGCAACACGACAAACGACGACAAAAAUAAUAAAAAACAUUCGGCGUCACACUCGUACAAACGUGUCAAGCGUGCACCACCACCACCACCACCACCGCCACCAUCACCACCGCCAGACGACGACGACGACGACAACGAGACGAUAUUACCCCGCAGAGACAACUGCAACUGCAACUGCGGCUGCAACCGAAACGGCGACUGCGGCGACACAAUCGUCUGCAGGCUUCCCGUAUAGUCUCGUAUAUGAUGCCAGUGCAAUUACCGCCGUGGACGCUAUCGGCCGCCCGAUGAGUUGUUGUUGGCCGCCAGUCGCGUGUGUAACGACGCCGCCGCCGACCUGAGCGUUUGUGGGAAGUAUGUGGAAGACACGUAACCGAUACAAUUGGUCGUGGUCUAUACGUAUUGUCGUUGUUGUAGUCGCCGCAGCCGUAACGCUCGCGAUGUCCGCCGCCGAACCACGCGAAUCCGCCGUCUCCUCGUCCUCUUCCCUGCGUUCUUCUUCUUCUUUGUCGUCUCUACCGUCGUCGUCGUUCUCCUCUUCCUCCUCGUCCUCCUCGCUCUCUUCUUCGUCCUCGGCCGCCGCUACCAGUGCGGUAACCAUCGUCACGUCACAACUGGAAAGAGCGCCGUUCGGCCGCGACGGAACCGAACAACAGACCAACACUCCAGGCACAUCAGGUGGCAGGCGACAAUACUGUCCAUGGUGCAAACGAGCGUCUGGCGCACUGCCGUUACCGCCGUCUUCGUCAGUAUCGUCUUCAUCGUCGUCAUCGUCGUCUUCGUCGUCGUCGUCAUCAUCGUCGUCUGCGACUUCCGGUAUCAACCGGCACCACCAUCGGCGGAAGCACCGUCCGCGCGGCCGCCGGCACUACGACAGCGCCGCUAGGUCUAGCCUAGACAAACAGCGGAUAGAAGCGAUCAAAGAACAAAUACUGUCAAAGCUGGGCAUGACCGCAAAACCAAAUAUUACCAAGGCGCGAUCGACGAGGUUCCUCGUGGAGGCGCUGGCCGUCGAACCGCUGUCCGGACUCACUGCCGCUGACUCGGAUGUCGCCGCCGCCGGAACCGGAAAUACACUGCCACCGAGCACACGGUUACCGACUACCAGAGACGCCGAUUCGGAGCCGGACGAUUUUUACGGCCGCACCAGAGAGAUAAUUGGAUUCGCGGAACCAGGAUCAACGUUAAACGGACAAACGUUGUUGGAAUUUCCGUGGUCACAGGAUAUGGGAAGCACUGAUUCCGUAAAAGUCAAAUCUGCGAAACUGUGGUUUAGGUUAGAAUACAGGCCGGACGUUCCCCCGGCCGUGCGUAGGACCCAUCACAGUCACAAUGUAACUUUGUGGCUGUUCAAAAUAAACUUCCGUACGAACCCAAUGCGGAAUACCACGUUCCUAAGUGGUAAGGAAUUCGACGAACACGCCACGCUGGCGUCGUCGCUGUCGCUGUCGCUGAACAACCUGGGCUGGAUAUCGGUGGACGUGACGAACACCGUGCGCGAGUGGUACGGGUCCAGCGGCAAGCACCGGUUGCGGUUCCACAUCGACUGUUCCGGGUGCGGCGGCCUGGUGUCGCCGGUGCUGUUCCACGACACCAGGCAGGCCAACGAGUGGGAGAACCCGUUCCUGAUGGUGUACACCGACCCGACGGUGGCGAGGCGCGUGCGCCGCCGGGCGCUGGACUGUUCGCUGGCGGUGCGCGGCCAGUGUUGCAAGCAGCGGUUCUACAUCAAGUUCCAGGACAUCGGCUGGGACUCGUGGAUAAUCGCGCCCGGCGGCUACUACGCCAACUACUGCCGCGGCGAUUGUGGCGGCGUGCACAGGACACCGGACACGUACCUCAACUUCUACACGCAGGCCAUCGAGGACUACCGGAAGGCCAAACACUCGUCCAUAUUCCAACCGUGCUGCGCGCCCGUCAAGUUCUCGUCCAUGUCGCUCAUCUACUUCACCGACGACGGUAACAUCAUCAAGCGGGACCUGCCCAAAAUGGUCAUUGACGAGUGCGGUUGUCCCUAAUACGGCCACCGCCACGACGACGGGCGACGCUGACGAGACGAGCGUGGACUAGUACACCAAUAGACGCGCCCAAUAUUAUUACUAUUACUAUUAUUAUUAUUAUUAUAACGUAUAAUAUUAUUACAUCGUCGCAAUAUUUAUAUAUUUUCAAUCGCGCACGCACCACGUAUACCGUAUACCGUGUAUAUUGUAUAAUUAUUAUUAUUUACUCAAAAAUUGUAAUGCGAUCACGUCGCAUACGUCACUUCGGCGUAAGACAUACCAUAAGAUAAACGUAUCAUAUAAUAUUACGUCCCUCGCUCGACGGUAUUUUUCCAUUAUUAUUACUCUUCUUCUUCU